AUGGUCCCACCUUUGAUGCUUGAUUACAGUCAUUGUCAUUCUGGCUGUAGUGACUGUCCUGAUCAUCGGGUUUGGUGUCUCAGCCCCGGGGCUGGCGCACGACAGCCUCAGGGUGGUCUGGCCUUUCUCUGCCCUUCCCACCUCACCUUCCUCACACCACCUUGCUUUCCCCUUGCAGGACAGCGCUCCAUUCGUGUGACAGCUCUCCCAUCCCCGGGGAUCAUCGGCGAGCGCGGCGUCCUGGGCUGCGCUUUCCAGCCCGACAUCCGGCUGGGCAGCAUAGCGAUCCGGUGGGACAAGGCGGGAGCAGCCGGGCUGGUUCAUGAGUUCCGAGGUGGCCAGGACCAGCUGCAGGAGCAAGCUGCGCCGUUCCGGGGCCGCACGGCCCUGUUCACGGAGCAGGUGAUGGGCGGCAAUGCCUCCCUGGAGCUGCGGGAUGUGCGGCUCUCUGAUGCCGGCGUUUACCAGUGCUCCGUCACCACGGCCAGCGGGAGCGGGGCAGCGCUGCUGCGCUACAGGACAGGAGCCUUCAGCACCCCCAGGGUCCACGUGGAAAGCAGCAGCAGUGGGGACACGGUGCAAUGCGAAGCCCCGCGCUGGUUCCCUCAACCCACGGUGCGCUGGACAGCCUACAGCGAUGCUGGGGAGUACCUGCCUCACGUGUCCAACACCAGCUAUGAGCUGAACGCUGGAGGCAUCACUCUGAAAGUGGUUUCCUUUCUGCACAACAUCACUGCUAACACCACCUACACCUGCGUGAUUGAAAACAGCAUUGCCAAGGCUACAGGCGACAUCAAAGUGACAGAUUUCAACAUUACAAGGGUGACCAACUUGCAGCUGGUUAACCUGGACACAGAGUCAGUGUCCUCUUCCCUUCCAAGCUGUCACUAGAUGCUUCUGCUUCCCUUGUAUCUGCUGUUGACAUAAAGCCUCCAUGAAACAAUCAGAAACACAGCUGGAUGUGGAGAAGAGUUACAACAGCUUCCCUGACGGCAGGACACGCUUCAUGCUUUCUUCCCUCUUGGGCUGAGAACUUCAGGAGCUCCUCCCACUUCCAGAACAUGUAGUAGCACAAACAUGAAGUCAUCCACUUUCCCUUGUGUUAUUUCUUACCCAUGACAACAACAGAAUACUUUGACUUAGGAAAGAGAGCGAGGGAUGCG